UGUUCGAACAACGCCCUCUGUCGUCGGUCUCUGAACUAUUUCCUUGGGAUUAAAGGGCAUCAUUUUAUCGGAGGUUGAAAUGAACACCAUGAGUGUAAUGCAAUCCGUACCAGCCUCAGAGGCAAUACCCAUGACCCAUCAGCCUUCGGUCUCCGAGUGUCUUCUUUGUCAAAACACAUUUAAAACGGCCACAGGCACGGAUUUGUCAUCCCUCAUCACCAAAGACACACAUUGUCACGAAGUUUUGGCUCAUUUGCUCGCGAUAUCCUCGAGUUUUCAGUCCAAGGAAGCCAACAAGCCUCGCGUGUGUGGCACAUGUCUCUUCCAACUCAUCAAGUAUUGGGAAUACCAUCAAAUGAUCGAAGCGAUCCGCCAAGAUGUCCAAUCCAAAGUGGAUUUACGCCGCAUCCAAGAGCUUUAUCCACCUCUGGAUAUCCUGCUGAGAACCAAGAUUUUGAGAGGUCGGUUUCCCAAAUGCUUGUUCCUGAAGAGUCCCUCGGAAGAAGGUCCUCCAAAGACUCCCCAAAUUGAAUCUGGGGAGUCCAGUUUGACUGAAGAUGGUUCCUGGCAUUUCAAUGAACUUGGGGAACGACCUCCCAAGAAUAUUAGAAAAUAUUGUUGUGCCAGCAAGUACUGCGGACUAACAUUGUGGACAUUUAUUCCUCAGCUACAAUGGGACAAGGGCAAAAUGGAACAACUUGCAGUGGAGCUUUUGAUUCAAGGCAAUUCCAGCCAUGAGGAUGGUUUGGAUAAAAUUCGAACUCGCUUUGAAAUGACGAGGCAAGAAUUUUUUCAAGAUCACAUCUGCGAGUUUUGUUGCGAACAAUUUACGAGUGAGUCGAACCUUAAUUCUCACCUCGAAAUCCACGAAGACCGCCAAAACAAAGACCAAGUGGGCCGAGAAGAUAAUGCUUUAAGUAUCAGCCGAGAUAUGUCAAUGAUAUACCCGAAAUCGCCAUUCACGUGCCCCGUCGGAGGUUGCGAGAAGCGUUUUGCAACGUUCCAGAGCCGGAAUCUUCAUUAUUUGGCUAUUCACACAUCUGAUGCUCCGUAUAAGUGUAAAAAAUGUGACAAGCGAUUUAAAGUCCAGCUCAAAUUCAAAGAACACAUUAAGAAGUGUAUCUUGGGCCAACGCUAUUCCUGUGAACUCUGUCCAAAGGUGUUCAUGUCUUCUCGAAACCUUCGAGACCACGUGAACGUGAUCCAUAGUGCAAAGCAAGAUAAUCAGGAGGAGAAAGCGUUCUCGUGUCCUCGCUGUCCCAAGAGGUUCCAUAAGAGGCACAAUCUCAAGUAUCACAUGGUCACCCAUUCAGCGGAACGAGCUUUUACUUGUACCAUUCUUGGGUGCAACAAAUCCUUCAAGCGAGAACGAGCUCUUAAAAGUCACAAGGAAACACUUCACGCCGAAAAGAGACCAUCCUUCUUGUGUGUGUAUUGUGGUCGGAACUUUGAUAGCUUUACGGGUAUGAAGACCCACACCAAAUUGCACACGGGUGAAGAAUACAUCAAACGAAAAGUUUCAUGUCCCACGUGUCAAAAGAAGUUUCAGUGUCCCUCCGAUCUGAAGAUUCAUUCUGUUGUCCAUACCAAAGAAAAACCUUUCGUGUGUCACAUCUGCCAAGCCUCGUUUUCUCAACGUGCUUCCCUGAAAGAACACACCAACGUCCACCUGAAUGUGUAUCAAUGUUCCCAUUGUUUGCGUGCAUUUGGUCGUGAGCGGUAUCUUCAAAGCCACUUGAAGACAUGUCAUAGUCCAACAACCAAAGAGCUCCAAAUCGACGUCAGAGGCGAAGGCCACACAAACCCCGAUGAACCUUUCGAUAAUGUCUCCCAAGCCCAACCUGUCAUCCAUAUCGAAAGCCUUUUGAAUGGGUCGCCCCAUGAUUCAUCCGGACUCGAUGGAGUGGCCUCUAAGAAGAUGGCUGGAUCUCAUGACUCAAGUGCGCCAGGUUCCAUAUCUCAAGAAGUAUUGCUCGUCAAUCAAGCGCAAGUGGCUUUGCCCGAAUCCUCUCCCCAUGCAUCUCUUAACAUUAAUCAUAGUCCUCAAUUCGGGCUUCCAAGUAUAAAUAUCCCGUCUUCUUUGUCGUUGUCGUCGUCGUCGUCGUCAGCGACGGCUUCAUUAUCAUCCAGAUCCGGAUUGCCCCGUCCCCUACGAGUCAAUCUAAUUCUACCGAGGUUCUGGUGGCAUUGCCUUCUGGAUCUGGCGAGAUCACCAUGAUCCAUUACGUCGACGAUGAAGAACUGGCUACCCAGAGGGAAACGCUCCCACCAAGAAUGAACCAAAACAUUGACCAAACCUAGGAUCAUGAUUCAUGACCAAUCCUAUGAACUUGCCAGCCUGGUCAUUUUCGCCUCGUCCUCGUCCUCCUCUUUCUUGGUUGUAACGGGGAAAACAUAGCUUCAGACCCAGUUGAGAGCGAGAUUGAUUCUUUAAUAAAGCCAAUGAGAACAGCACAAAUACAUUCUACAUACAGUGAA